AAGGAGAAAAGGGUCAUAUGAUGGCGCUUGGAGAAUAACAGCUUGAAAUGGCUUUCUUUCCAACAGCAUAGAUCAUACUCAUAAGAUGUGGUGAGCGGCUGAAACUGAAUACACUGAGGACCGGCUGAGAAGCCGAUCUGGCACAUGCAUACAUACGAGAGCAAGAUAUCUCAGGUCUCGACUAGAAUAGCAGCGUUCCUGUAGGGAGCCUCAUUGGGAUGGUUGGAGCAUGGAGACUUUUGAGAAGGGUGGCUGCAUCCUAGUUAGUGGUACAACCAAAACGAGCAAAGACCAUGUCCAGGGGUUGGCGCGGACCAGAAGAAAGAUGCAGCUCUGGUUUAGUGCAAGGGCACUGCUAGCCCGUGAUUUAUUGACUCCGAGGGGGAGGGUUACCAGAACAAAAGCAAAACUAGAACAUGGCCAAGAUCCAACCGCUCAGGUCAAAGCUCAGGCCGCCACCUGGCCAUGGAUCCUCAGAUGGCUGACUGCCGCUUCGUUCCAGAGAAGCACCGAGCAGGAAUUCGGCAUACUUGUAUGCCGUCUGCCUCAGACUUGUAUCAUUUUUUGUAAGUGGCAUGAAACAACGGCAACCCGUAAGAGGGGCAUAGAUGUUGGCAAAUGUGUGUCAUGGUCGAGAGAGUGCUGGCCCAUGUUGCCUCUUUCAUAUGAUAUCUUCCCCUCCUCCAUAGCUUUCUGCAAGGGAUCAAUGCUGCGUAGCCAAUCAUCCCUCCUGGCUAUCAUAGUCGGGUUGAAUCCCAGCUAACGAGAGCUAAGGACGAAUGAUGCCUGCCCUCCUCGAUGUGCGCGAAUGAUGUAUAUCAUGUCGUACCAAGAUGGCGAUGGCAAAUCUCGGCUCGGUAUGAAUCCGUUUAAAGCGCGACAGUCAUUUCCCGAAGGCCAGGAGCCUGCUGUCCUCGGGUACCUGGAAUAAGACAGUCUUGUGCGACUACAACCCGAAACCCACGGAAGCAACCCCAG